AGGAAGCAGAGGACGUCAAUUGCAGAGUGCCCCGCUUCCCACCCGCAAACGGCUGAAAAGGAUGGCUGCGUCUGGCGGAAUGGGUCUGUUGCCUCCCGACAUUGAGCGCCUCGUGGCGGUCAUCACGUUUUAUAUGGUGGUGUCCCUCUCCAUCGUCUUCCUCAACUUCUCUAUCUUCACUAAGGCAAGGCAAAGCGCGGCGCACAAAGCAUCAACAGCUCACAAAACACAGCCGAUGUUUGUGUUGCUGUGGCUGCGGCUGUGCAGGUGGUGACGCUGCCCGUGUUCGUCUCAUGGUGCGUGAGAUACAAGAUGACGCAACGCAACACGGCACAUAGAUGCUGCUGUUUGCUUGUCUGUGUGUGUGUGGUUGCCUGCAGGUUCCAGAUGUGAGUGACCACUCGCACUCCCAGGCUGCUCGAUUGCCUUUCACACGUGUGGCUCUCUGUCGAUUUGUCUGUCUAUCUAAAUCUCAGGGUGGUGUCCUUUGCCCUGACGAAUGUGUUCGGUCGUCUGGGUCAGCGGUACGAGUCGCUGUCCUUCUGGCCGCCGUACUCGUUCAACUGGAACACCGCCACCACCAUCCUCCCUUUGACCCUCAGCUACGUCGGCAUGAUUACCAUGAACAACGUCUGCCUCAAAUACGUCGCCGUCUCGACCUACCAAGUCGCAAGAAGCUCUACCAUACUGUAAGAGAGAGAGGGAGGGGGGCAACACUCAAGAGGAUCUCUUUGUGUGACGGCUCGUGUGUGGUGUGUGGUGUGUGGCGUGUCAGGUUCAAUUUGCUAUUGUCGCGUUAUCUGCUGCACGCCGAGAUUUCAGUACAGGCGGUGUAUGCGUGUGUGGUGGUGUGCCUGGGCAUCGUCGCCGGCGCUCUCGACCCGAAAUCGCUCACUCUCUUGGGGCUGCUCACAGGUAAAUGAUGACCUGCCCAUAGAUGGAUGGAUGGAUUGAUGGUGUGUGAAUAUGUGCAGGGACGGUUGGGUCACUAUUCUGGGCCCUGUAUUCGGUGAAUGUCAAGAAGUAUCUGGCGUUGGUGGACGGGAACCAAUUUGUGCUGCUCAACUACAACCUGACGUGGUCGUGCAUCCUCUUCCUCCCACUCAUAUUCCUCUUCCAGGAGCACACGGGGGUCGUAGACAUACCUACCGACCCGACAGACGAGUCCUUCUACCAGGUACAGGACGAAAGACACUACACAGGGGAGCGCUCUGGGUGUGUGUGUGACGGUUCUUGUGCAGGUGUGGGGUGCGAUGGUGCUGUCUGGGGUGUUUGGGUUCAUGAUGAACAUCGCGGUCUUCCUGGUCAUCAAGGCCACUUCGCCGCUCACCUUCAACAUCAUCGGCACGGUUAAGGCUACCAUACAGAGUCUGGGCGGCUUCCUCAUCUUCGGCGAUGAGACCAACCUGCAAAACAUCACUGGUACGGCACGCACCCUCCCAACCACCAGUCCACACACAAUCGUCCGUCGUGUGUCGUGUGUGCAGGCAUUGCGUUAUGUCUGGUUGGCUCAUUCUGGUACGGCAAGGCGAAACAGGCCCAGGCCCAGCAGGAGAGAGAGCGGCUGCCCACCACCACGACAGACGCCGAGAAGAAGGGGCUGGUGAUGGGCGAGAAGGACGGCAAGGAGAUGGUGAUCGGCCGGCCGAGUGACGAGGACAAUAGCAGCAGCGUGUCGACUCACGUGUCGUCCUCCGACAGCCCACACAAGCACCAACACCACUACACGACCGUCGUAGGUGGCACCAGCAAGAAAACAGGUCCCACACACACACGGCGGGAUGGCCUGGCCUGUGUGUGUCUCUGCCUGUGCGUAACCCUCUCUCUGUCCGUACGUGUGUCUGAUGCAGUCGGCUCGGUGAACCCAAUGUCUGACAGCGAUGAGGACGAGGCCGCCGAUGGCGACUUAGAUGAUCCUGACGUCAGAAAGAUGAAGAGCCUGCUGGGCGGGAGGGCAUAGUGGGGCGUGUGUCGGUCGUUGGGUGACGACAAGACGAGCGACCGCAUGGAUGGAUGGAUGGAUGGGCAAACGUUUAUAGUUUUUCCGUCGUCUUCUCCGUAUGUGUGAGGGAGGGAGCCCUCUUCGGUGUGAAUUCACCCGUACGUGUGUGGUGUGGUCAUCCAUACAUGUGUGAAUGGAUACAUACACUCAUUCAUUCAUUAAUUCAUGCGGGCGGCGGACAGACAGACACGCAAGAAUUAAG